AUGGAGGCGGGCGGCGGCCCCGGGCCGGGCCCGGCAGCGGCACCGGGCAACAACAACAACAGGGGCCGCGGCGGGGCGGCCGCGCCCAACAGGGGCCGCGACAUGGCCCGGCCGCCCAGGAAGGACUCCGAGGGCUAUUCGGAGUCUCCAGACCUGGAGUUUGAAUAUGCAGACACGGAUAAAUGGGCAGCAGAGCUGUCAGAGCUUUACAGCUACACAGAGGGACCAGAAUUCCUGCUCAACCGAAAGUGCUUCGAGGAGGACUUCAGGAUCCACAUGCCGGAGCGGCGCUGGCCGGAGCUGGAGCGGGCUCAGCACCGCACUCACGCCAUGCGGCUGCUGGACGGGCUGGAGGUGACGGCGCGGGAGCGGCGCCUGCGCGUGGCACGGGCCAUCCUCUACGUGGCACAAGGGACCUUUGGGGAGUGCAGCUCCGAGGCCGAGGUCCAGGCCUGGAUGAGGUACAACAUCUUCCUGCUGCUGGAAGUGGGGACCUUCAACGCCCUGGUGGAGCUGCUCAACAUGGAGAUCGACAACAGCGCGGCUUGUUCCAGUGCCGUGAGGAAACCGGCCAUUUCCCUGGCUGACAGCACAGACCUGAGGGUGCUGCUGAACAUCAUGUACCUGAUCGUGGAGACCGUGCGCCAGGAGGCCGAGGGGGACAAGCCCGAGUGGAAGAGCAUGAGGCAAACAUUCCGAGCGGAGCUGGGAGCCCCCCUGUACAACAACGAGCCCUUCUCCGUGAUGCUCUUCGGGAUGGUGACCAAGUUCUGCAGCGGCCACGCUCCGCAUUUCCCCAUGAAGAAGGUGCUGCUCCUGCUCUGGAAGACUGUGCUGUGCACCCUGGGGGGCUUUGAGGAGCUGCAGAGCAUGAAGGCGGAGAAGAGGGAGAUCCUGGGGCUGCCCCCGCUCCCGGAGGACAGUAUCCAGGUGAUCCGGAACAUGAGGGCGGCAUCGCCCCCGGCAUCCGCCUCCGACCUCAUCGAGCAGCAGCAGAAACGCGGCCGCAGGGAGCACAAGGCCCUCAUCAAGCAGGACAACCUGGACGCCUUCAACGAGCGCGAUCCCUACAAAGCCGACGACUCCCGGGAGGAGGAGGAGGAGAACGACGACGACAACAGCCUGGAGGGGGAGACCUUCCCCCUGGAGAGGGAUGAAGUGAUGCCCCCCCCCACCCAGCACCCCCCCAGCGAGCGCAUCACCUGCCCCAAGGGGCUGCCCUGGGCCCCCAAGGUCCGGGAGAAGGACAUUGAGAUGUUCCUGGAGUCCAGCAGGAGCAAAUUCAUCGGAUACACCUUGGGCAGUGACACCAACACGGUGGUGGGUCUGCCCCGGCCCAUCCACGAGAGCAUCCGCACCCUGAAGCUGGUGAGUCCAUCCAGGGAUUCCCACAGUCCCUUCCCCAGCCCCUGCUCCCAGCACAGCUCUGGGGGGGUGUUCCUGAGCCAUCUCCCCCAUUCCUCAGCCCCGUGGUGGGAGCAGCCUGAAGUUCUCAUCCCAUCCCUGCUCUCCCAGGCUGUCCAAGCCCCUUCCUUAGGGGGCUGCAUCCCUUCCUUCUUCCUUUCUAGAGGGCACGACCCCCCCUCUCCUUCCUGCAGCAUCUCUGUGCUGGACUAUCCCUACUGUGUGGUGCACGAGCUGCCGGAGCUGACGGCCGAGAGCCUGGAGGCCGGAGACAACAACCAGUUCUGCUGGAGGAACCUCUUCUCCUGCAUCAACCUGCUGCGCAUCCUGAACAAACUGACCAAGUGGAAGCAUUCCCGCACCAUGAUGCUGGUGGUGUUCAAGUCUGCUCCGAUCCUGAAGCGGGCUCUGAAGGUCAAGCAGGCCAUGCUGCAGCUCUACGUGCUCAAGCUGCUCAAGGUGCAGACCAAGUACCUGGGCCGCCAGUGGAGGAAGAGCAACAUGAAAACCAUGUCAGCCAUCUACCAGAAGGUUCGGCACCGCCUCAACGACGACUGGGCCUACGGCAAUGACCUGGAUGCCCGUCCCUGGGACUUCCAGGCGGAGGAAUGUGCCCUCCGUGCCAGCAUCGAGCGCUUCAACGCGCGGCGCUACGACCGCGCCCACGGCAACCCCGAGUUCGUGCCCGUGGACAACUGCCUGCAGAGCGUGCUGGGCCAGCGCGUGGAGCUGCCCGAGGACUUCCAGGUCAACUAUGACCUGUGGCUGGAGAGGGAGGUCUUCUCCAGGCCCAUCUCCUGGGAGGAGCUGCUGCAGUGACGGGGACACGGACACGGGGCGUGGGCGGGGAGCGGGGCUGGGGGGCCUGGGGUGGGGUGGGAAGAGGGUGGAGCUGGGGGGUCCUUGCCGAGGCGCCAUCCUGCCUCUCUGCCCCGUUCCAGGCUCGUCCCGCAGCCGAGGGUGGGGGGCUGUGGUGCCCUGGGGGGUUCUCAUCAGGUGGGGGGUCUGUGCCCACCCCGGGGUAGAUCCACCCACCCCAAAGGCAGUGCCUCCCCUGGGAUCUGCCCAUCCCUGGGCAGGGAUGUGCCCCCCCCGGGCAGAUUGACCCCCCCGGGGCUGUGCCCACCCCUGGGGUUGCUUUCAGGGGCACCUCCCUCCCGGUGCCCCCUCCAGCCUAAACGAGGGGGUCAGUGUGGGAGGGGGUCCUUUGCGUGGGGCGAGAGGCUGGCCCUGCCCAGCCCCUCCUGGGGGGCUCUGGGGGGCCGGGGGGGGUGAGCUGUAUAUAAAUUAUAUAUAUUUGG